AAUUUGGGAUUUUUGGUAUCCAAUGUACAAUAACACAUAGAAAUAUAGCUUAAAUGAUAUUAAAUCAUGAUGUCUUCUUGGACACAAUAUUUCAAACGUUUAAAAUUGCAAUUCAAAUAUUUUUGCAACGAUUUUAUAAAAUAAAGUUGAAUAAACUGUAGUUUAAGUCUGAAUUACAAAUAAUUAUCACAAUGUUUGAACUUGAAUUAUUGCGAAAAAAGUUAGAUCCUCUUGUAAAAGUAGAUAAAAUUUGUUUGUCAUAUGUAAAUCGUAUUUUUCCCGAGUUCAAAGAUAUGCCGUAUUUUAUUCUGUAUAAAGAAGCUUCUGAAUCUAUUAAUAAUCAUUCAGAAUGUACCGAUAUUGAUGAAACACAAUUUGACCUUACUGGAUCGCCUUUGAAGUAUUCAUUUGGAGGAGAAGACGAUUUUGAGGAUAGCACAAUUUUGAUAAAGCAAAAUUGGUAUAAAGAGGAAGAAAAAUACCUACCACUAAGUAGAACAGAAGCAUGUAUUGCAUUGAAUAUAUGCAUUGAAUUUAUAAAUGAUUCUUUUCCACCAAUAUUUGCACUUUGCGAUGGUAAGGAUCAUAAGAAAAGCAGGUUGUUAGGUGCAACAAUCGAAGGAGAAUGGUUUACCACCAUAGAAGCUUGUUUUGAUGGUAUUGAAACUUUUGAAACUGUUAAAAACUCUUCUUCUAAAAUGUUUCAGAAUCAUUUGGAGCUAUCAGAUGCAUCUAAACAAGAUAUUGCUGUCUCUGCAUUCAGUACUUUUGAUUUAUUUGGAACAAAAGAGGAAAUGAUUGACAAACAUAAUAAUAUAAAAAGUAAUUUCGAAGGGAGUCUAAGUGUAGAAAUACAUACUUGCAGUUUAUCAUGUACACCUACAAGAACAUCCAAAAAUAAUUUGAUUGUUCAAGUUACUACAAAUUCAAAUAAUACUCCUUUAAAAGAAUUAUGGAAACAAUUAUUAUUGUUAAAUCAAUAUUUGUGUAUGAUAGAAGGUCAUACAAAGGAUAUAGAUUCUCAUUAUAAUUCAAUUCCCUUGGAAUUUCCACAUAAUUUUAUAAAUCCAUAUGAAGAGGAGCAUGAUAAUAUAUUGAGCAAUUUAAAUCUUUUGUUAAAUGGAGAUUACAGUUUUAGACAUUCUAGUGAUAUUGAGAAAUACAAAAUUAAUUUUUCAAAUGAAGAAAAUUUAGAAAAUGAUACAAAAAUUCAUCAAUAUAUUCAGAGUCUUCCAUUUAGACACAAUUUGGAUUUUACAGACUUUUUAUGGGAACUAUUAAUAAAGAAUUCAAGUUACUUUGAAAUGAUAAAAUGCAUUCAUAUAGUGCUUGAUAAAAUUCUAGUGAAUGAUUGUUUGCCACAGGUUAAUUAUACAAAUUCAACAAGGUUUGCGAAGAUUAUUACCAAUCCACAUCAGGAGAAAGUAAUUUCACAUUUAUUAUCAGGUAGUUUACCAUUAGAAUAUGUUAUAGACAUGGGCUUUGAAAAGCUGUGCAGAGAUUAUAUAAGCAUUUUAGCAAAUGCAAGAUUUGGUGAAUUGCAUGAUAUUCAACAAAAAUUAAAAAAGAUAUCUUGUAAUGAGUUUACAAUUGAUACCUAUAGAAAAAGAUUAUUAUAUUUGGUACAAAUUCAUAUAUGCUUGGAAUUUAUAUUACUAAUACAAGAUAAUUUAGAAUGUUCAAAUGAUGAUUUAAGAAUUUUAUUUGGUUGUGUAUUCAAACAGUAUGUCAGUGAAAAAUCGCCAAUACAAAGUUGUGAUUUACAUCAAAACAAAAUUUAUACUUUAAAAACUCCCCUUCCCAUCUCAGCAGUGCAUCAUUUACAUGAAAUUCCGAGUGUAAGAAGAAUUUCACUUUCAUCUCAGUCUAAAUUGAGAAAACUAAAGACAAUUAAAUACUGUAGUCAGUUACCGAUUUUUCCAACAAGUAUAUAUCCAUUAGGUAAAAUUCUUAUAAAUAAUAUAAUAUUUAAGAUAAUACUUACAUGCAUGAAAUUGUUCCUAACAUUUUUUUUAGACGAUUCAAGUACAAUAGGUGAAGGAUAUUAUGUGCUCAAAACAAUGUUUUCAUCUAAUAAAAUUAAAUAAAAUAAUGAUUUCAACAUACUUUGACAAAAUAAAACAAGCAAGAUUCAGAACUUUAUUUGGUCAGGUAUUAAAAGUAAUCCGAUUAUAUUGCGAGGUAAUUAUAUGUUUAAUUUAUAAUUAAUAAAAUAAAAGUUAUAAAAGCAUUUUCCAAAUACAUUAAAUGUAUUCAGUGUAUAAAUAUAACUAGAUUUAUGAGUGUUUGUACUCUCAGUCAUUGAUAAUGUACACUCCAAU